AUGGACAGACUGAGCAGCAGCCCCCACAGCCUCCACCUGCAGCAGGAGCUGCUGGAGCCCAUGCCCGUGGUGGUGCGGCAGCUGCAGCCCAACAUCAUCUCCGUGCGCCUGUUCAAGCGCAAGGUGGGCGGCCUGGGAUUUCUGGUGAAGCAGCGCGUCUGCAAGCCGCCCGUCAUCGUGUCGGACCUGAUCCGGGGCGGCGCGGCCGAGGAGUGCGGCCUGGUGCAGGUGGGCGACAUCGUGCUGGCCGUCAACAACAAGCCGCUGGUGGACAUGAGCUACGAGCGCGCGCUGGAGACGCUGAAGAACGUGUCGCCCGAGAGCCACGCCGUGCUCAUCCUGCGCGGGCCCGAGGGCUUCUCCACGCACCUGGAGACCACGCUGAGCGGCGACGGGCGCCAGAGGACCGUGCGUGUCACCCGGCCCGUCUACCCGGCCUCCAAGGCUUACGAGCGGCAGUGCGGCGGCGGCGGUCCUCCUCCUCCUCCGCUCAGCACCAGCAGCAAGGAGCUGCGGGCCAUCGAGAACCUCUCCUCCACCGUGACCAUGGCAACCGCGACUGCGGGGCCGCGCAAGGAGCCACCGCGCUCUCUCAGCUCCCUCAUAGAGCAGGACCCCCUCCUCAUGGAUGGAGGUGGAGGUGGUGGGGGAGGAGGAGGUGGUGGCAACUCUCCACUGCUCCUCAACGGUGUGGAGGAGAACAAUGACCUGCUGAAGGAGAUCGAGCCCGUGCUGAGGCUGAUCAAGAACAGCAAGAGUAUGCUGAACGGGGAGGGCCAGCGCGUUGUGGAGAGGAGAGACGCAGAGGUGCAAGUGGACAGGGACCUGAGUCUGGGAAAUGGCGUGGCCACACAGCUGGCGUCCGAUAACGACCGGGUGUUUGAUGACCUCUGGAGGAAGGACAACAACAUGCCCACCGUGCUCAACAACCCAUACUCCGAGAGCGACGCAGAGACCCCAUUUAGCCAAGGGAGGAUAUCGCCCAACAAGAACCUGCAAAAUGGCAGUCCGUCCAAAUGCCCUCGCUUCAUGAAGGUCAAGAACUGGGAAAGUGGCGCGAUGCUCAACGACACUCUGCACCUUAGUGCCAGCAAUCAGGUGCCCAUCUGCACAGAGAAGGUUUGCCUGGGUUCCAUCAUGACGCCAAACACACACGGCCGCAAGCCGGAUGAGGUGCGCACCAAAGAGGAGCUGCUGCCCCUGGCCACAGACUUUAUCAACCAGUACUACUCCUCCAUCAAAAGGUGUGGCUCCAAGGCACACGUCGACAGGCUGGAGGAGGUGAUGAAGGAGAUCGAGACGACGGGGACGUACCAGCUGAAGGACACGGAGCUCAUCUACGGGGCCAAGCACGCCUGGAGGAACGCUGCCAGAUGCGUGGGACGCAUACAGUGGUCCAAGCUGCAGGUAUUCGAUGCCAGGGACUGCACGACGGCUCAUGGAAUGUUCAAUUACAUCUGUAACCACAUCAAAUACGCCACCAACAAAGGAAACCUCAGGUCGGCCAUCACGAUAUUUCCCCAGAGGAUGGAUGGGAAGCACGACUACCGCGUGUGGAACAGCCAGCUGAUUCGCUACGCCGGCUACAAGCAGCCCGACGGCUCUUUUCUGGGAGACCCGGCCUCAGUGGAACUGACAGAGAUCUGCAUGCAGCAGGGUUGGAAGGCUCCGCGGGGUCGUUUCGAUGUGCUGCCCCUCCUGCUCCAGGCCAAUGGGAACGACCCUGAGCUGUUCGAGCUUCCAGACGACCUCAUCCUGGAGGUGGCCAUCAUCCAUCCAAAGUUUGAGUGGUUUAAGGAGUUGGACCUGAAGUGGUAUGGUCUGCCGGCCGUGUCCAACAUGCUGCUGGAGAUCGGAGGUCUGGAGUUCACCGGCUGCCCCUUCAGCGGCUGGUACAUGGGCACCGAGAUCGGGGUGCGGGACUUCUGCGAUACCUCCCGCUACAACAUCCUGGAGGACGUGGCUAAGAUGAUGGGGCUGGACACCCGGAAGACUUCAUCCCUGUGGAAGGACCAGGCACUGGUGGAGAUCAACAUCGCCGUACUCUACAGCUUCCAGACAGCCAAAGUGACGAUAGUGGACCACCACUCGGCUACUGAGUCCUUCAUCAAGCACAUGGAGAACGAGUACCGCGUGCGCGGGGGUUGCCCAGGGGACUGGGUCUGGAUCGUGCCGCCCAUGUCGGGCAGCAUCACGCCCGUCUUCCACCAGGAGAUGAUCAAUUAUCGCCUCACCCCCUCCUUCGAGUACCAGUCUGACCCCUGGAACACUCAUGUAUGGAAGGGGGUGAAUGGAACGCCCACCAAGAAGAGAGCCAUCGGAUUCAAGAAGCUAGCAAAGGCGGUGAAGUUCUCCGCCAAGCUGAUGGGCCAGGCCAUGGCCAAGAGAGUGAAGGCCACCAUCCUCUUCGCCACUGAGACGGGCAAGUCUCAGGACUACGCCAAAACGCUCUGCGAAAUCUUCAAGCACGCAUUCGACGCAAAGGUGAUGUCUAUGGAGGAGUAUGAUAUGGUGGACCUUGAGCAUGAGACCUUGGUCUUGGCGGUGACCAGCACCUUUGGCAACGGGGAUCCCCCGGAGAGUGGAGAGAAGUUUGGAGCGGCUCUGAUGGAGAUGAGACAUCCCACCUCCAACACAGAGGACAGAAAGAGCUACAAAGUGCGGUUCAACAGCGUCUCCUCCUACUCAGACACACGCAAAUCCUCCAGCGACGAGCCCGAGCCCAAAGACAACUUCGAGAGCACCGGCCCUCUGGCCAACGUCAGGUUUUCUGUGUUUGGCCUUGGCUCCAGGGCCUACCCGCACUUCUGCGCCUUUGCCCACGCGGUGGACACUCUGUUCGAGGAGCUGGGGGGGGAGCGUAUCCUACGCAUGGGGGAGGGAGACGAGCUGUGCGGCCAAGAAGAGUCUUUCAGAACCUGGGCCAAGAAGGUUUUCAAGGCUGCGUGCGAUGUCUUCUGCGUCGGUGACGACGUGAAUAUCGAAAAGGCAAAUGACUCACUGAUCAGCAAUGACAGGAGCUGGAAGAAGAGCAAGUUCCGACUCACCUACACCGCAGAGGCGCCCGCACUCACCCAAGCACUGGCCACCGUUCAUAAGAAGAAAAUUUCUGGUGCCAAACUCUUAAUACGACAGAAUCUACAGAGCGAGAAAUCGAACCGUUCGACCAUAUUUGUGCGACUGGCCACAAAUAACCACGACAGCCUGCGCUACCAGCCCGGUGACCAUCUGGGCGUCUUUGCGGGCAACCGGGAGGAUCUGGUCACGCCGCUCAUCGAGAAGCUGGAGGAUGCCCCGCCUGUCAAUCAGAUCAUCAGGGUGGAAUUCCUGGAGGAGAGGAACACCGCCUUAGGGGUGAUCAGCAACUGGACGGAUGAGAUCCGCAUCCCACCCUGUACCAUCUACCAGGCCUUCAAGUACUUCCUGGACAUCACCACCCCGCCCACGCCUCUGCUGCUGCAGCAGUUCGUCUCCCUCACCACCAACGAGAAGCAUAAGAAGAAGCUGGAGCUGCUCAGCAAGGGUCUUCAAGAGUACGAGGAGUGGAAGUGGUACAACAACCCCACCAUGGUGGAGGUGCUGGAGGAGUUCCCCUCCCUGCAGAUCCCGUCCACGCUGCUCCUCACCCAGCUGCCCCUGCUGCAGCCCCGCUACUACUCCAUCAGCUCCUCGCCAGACUUCCACCCGGGGGAGAUACACCUCACUGUGGCCGUGGUGACAUACAGGACCAGAGAUGGAGACGGCCCAGUGCAUCAUGGGGUCUGCUCCUCCUGGCUGGACAGCAUCGAGCCCGACGAGAUGGUCCCCUGCUUCGUCAGAGGGGCUCCGUCGUUCCGCAUGCCUAAGGACAUCAGGGCACCAUGCAUUCUAGUGGGCCCGGGCACCGGCAUCGCCCCCUUCAGAAGCUUCUGGCAGCAGCGACUCUUUGAUCUGGAGCACAAGGGGAUAAAGUCAUGUCCCAUGCUGCUGGUCUUUGGGUGCCGGCAGUCGGAGAUCGAUCACAUCUACAAAGAGGAGACCCUCCAGGCUAAAAACAAGGGAGUCUUUAAAGAACUGUACGCAGCCUAUUCCAGAGAGCCGGGAAGACCAAAGAAAUACGUGCAGGACGUGCUUCGUGAGCAGCUGUCGGAGGUGGUCUACAAGUGCCUGAGGGAAGAGGGUGGCCACAUCUACGUGUGUGGCGACGUGACGAUGGCCGGGGACGUCUUGAAGACCGUGCAGCAGAUCAUCAAGCAACAUGCCAACAUGACGCUGGAGGACGCCGGCUUCUACAUCAGCAAGCUCAGAGAUGAAAAUCGGUACCAUGAGGACAUAUUUGGUGUCACGCUGCGCACAUAUGAGGUCACCAACAGACUGCGAUCAGAGUCCAUCGCAUACAUCGAGGAGAGCAAAAAGGACCCAGAUGAGGUCUUCUGUUCAUAAGGUGGCAUUUAUGGAUGGCUGGUUUGAAGCCUGGAUGGUGUGGGUUGAAGACUGCUCAGAAGUGCACAACAACCGAGUCAAAUUGCUUGUCGAGAAU